GCCUGAGGGUGGUAAUUUUUUGUGCAGUUUUAGUGUGUAGAGAUGGACUUGAGCAGCUUACAGAUCCUUGUGCUUCUCUUCAUGCUCAUAGUUUCAGGUUUCAUAUGGCUGCACUCAUGGUCAUCCACAAGUCAGAUGGGAAGAAUCCCAGGCUGCUUGGGCUGGCCUCUCAUAGGAGAGACAUUCUCAUUUAUCUCAGAAUUUUCGAGCGCUUCUGGAAUACACAGCUUCGUGCGUAAGAGACGGCAAUUGUAUGGAAAGGUGUUCAAAACAAGUGUCUUGGGGAGGUUAACUAUCUUCAUGACAGGAAGAGAAGCAGGCAGGAUAUUGCUGUCUGGGAAAGAUGGAAUUGUGAGCUUGAACCUGUUCUAUACAGGGAAGCAGGUGCUAGGCCCCACGAGCUUGCUCACAACCAGCGGUGAAGAGCACAAACGGCUCCGACGAUUGAUCGGCGAGCCCCUAUCGAUGGAUGCACUCAAGAAAUACUUUCAAUUCAUUGAUGAUCUAGCCAUCAAGACACUGGAGGGAUGGCGUGGGAGAACAGUCUUUGUGCUCGAGGAGGCUUCUACUUUCACACUCAAGGUGAUAGCCCAUAUGAUAAUGAGCGCGGAACCAUAUGGAGAGGAACAGGAGAAGAUUCGCGCCAACUUCAAGGUUAUAUCAUCCUGCUUUGCAUCCUUGCCUUUGAAGAUCCCGGGAUGCGCUUUCCAUCGUGGUCUGAAGGCUCGGAACCGGAUGUACGCAAUGCUGGACUCCAUAAUCUCCAAGAGAAGGGAUGGCAAGGACGUUCGCCAUGAUUUCCUGCAGACCCUCCUAAGAAAGCAUAGCAAAGAAGCAGCAGAUGAUGAUUUAGAUAAACUCACGGAUGCACAACUCAAGGACAAUAUCUUAACUCUGCUUGUUGCAGGUCAUGACACCACGACCGCAUCACUCACAUGGCUUAUCAAAUUUCUAGCAGAAAACCCCGAUGUUCUUCAAAAUCUCAGAGAAGAGCAUAUGAGAAUUCAAGAACGAAGACAUGGCAGUUUGCAUCUUACCUGGUCCGAAGUCAGCAACAUGCCUUACACCAUCAAGGUAAUAAAUGAAACACUUCGCAAAGCCACCAUCUUGCCUUGGUUCUCAAGAAAAGCUACCCAGGAUUUUAGCAUCGAUGGCUGCGACAUUAAGAAAGGUUGGGCAGUGAAUCUGGAUGUAGUCUCCAUGCACCAUGAUCCAGAUGUUUUCCCCAACCCCGAGAAGUUCGAUCCAUCCAGGUUUGAUAAUCCAUUAAAACCAUUCAGCUUCUUGGGGUUCGGCAGCGGACCACGGAUGUGCCCAGGAAUGAACUUGGCCAAGCUGGAGAUUUGUGUUUUCGUCCAUCAUCUUCUCUGCAGAUUCAAGUGGAGGCCUCUUGAUGAAGAUAACUGUGUCCAGCCAACACUUGUUCGCAUGCCCAAGAACAAGUACCCUGUUGCUGUUGAGCCACUGGAGACGUAG